AUGGCUGACCGACUUACCCAGCUCCAGGAUACUGUAAACAUGCAAGCAGAGCAUUUCUGCAAUGCUAUAGGAAUAAUACAACAAACUUCCUAUCCAAGUAAAUUUCCUAAUUUUGAUCGGACAGGCUCACAGACACCGGUACAAAAUUCCCAACAAGAAGACUACGCUCAAUUAUUUGCACAACUCAUUUCCCGCUGUGCCAAAGACAUCGAUACGCUGAUAGAAUCAUUGCCUAAUGAUGACAGUUCUAUUGAAAUGCAAAAUCAAAGUUUGAAACGGCUUGAAGUUGAAAAUCAGGAAGCCGCUGAACGAUUGGAGGAGAUAGUUGAUAAAGGCGAGCUUUUGUUAGAAAAAAUACAAUCUGCUUUGGAAGAUAUUGCACAAGCACAACUGGAUAUGCAAAUUACAAUGAAAGAUAAUUCCAAUAUUAAUAAAUAG